UGACAUGUUGUUGUUAAAAAUGAUCUAACAGUCGCCACAGUCGCAGUGCCAGGACACCGGACCACACAUUUGUCUGAGAGGAUAAUAAACAAAUAGUAAGAGAGAGAGAUGAGAGGGAGGGGCAAAGAGAGAGAGGUAAAGAUAAAUGGUGGGAGGGAAGGAAGGAGGAAGGUCUGAAAUGGAAUUGCUUAAUUGGAGUCAUCACCGCUGCGUUAGGGAUAGUCUGAUUUUUGUAGUCAGACCAAGUUUUUCAACCAGCGACUGGACAUCUCCUCUAGUGACGGGCGAGACUGUGGAAAACAAGAAGUUCUUCUAAGGCCAUCACUACAGCGGCAUGAUGAACCUUCUCAACUACCCUGUUCCAGACUUGGAUGUUACAUUUCAAGAAGUAAGCCGUGUCCUCCAGCUCACCUUGGGUCCUGACUAUUACCCAGAGUUCAAAACUGUGCUGGCCCAGCAGAGAGAGCUCCUCACGGAGGCACAGCAGAGUUUAACCACCAGAUUCAACGGCCAAGAAAACUGGGUGACGGAGCAGUUCAAGAAAAGUCUGCUUUCCUGUGACGACCCGCUGCCGUCUUCUACAGCUCUUCCCAUAGUUCUUCCUCCAUCCAAAGGGAAGAAAUGCGGUCAGUUAGAACGGGCAGCCGCUCUACUUUGGGCAGCUGCGAAGCUUUACAGUGAGCCUGUUUUAGUGGAGGGAGAUGCGCCCAUGGAGCGCACACAGCAGUCUGAAGUAUUUGCUGCUAGUCGUCUCCCGGGCAGAACUCAAGAUCAAAUCAAGGUAAGAUACAAGCACAAUGAGGAUGGAGGGAAUUCUGAACUCUUUGAAUCAGGAAUUUUAAGAAUAUACGAUCCAUGUUUUUGUACUUUUCAGGUCUACCCAGACAGCCUGCACGCCAUUGUCAGCAGUGUUGGAGGAAUAUUUCCUGUUGAUAUACUGCGGCGUCCAGACAACGGUGGUCCAGUUACUGCUGUUCCAUUGGUUGACAUCUACAACCAACUGGUGCAGGUGAUGAAUAAAUCCAGCGCAGGAGACGAUUCCUCUGUUAUUUGUAGCCUCUCAGCUCUGCAGCGCAAAACUUGGGCUGCCAUUCGAGAGGAAAUCCUGGUGCAGGGAGGGAAAGCGGUGGAAUCUCUGGGAGUGAUGGAAAGCGCCGUGCUAACACUGUGCCUGGAAGAUCAGGAUGCUCCUCCUGAUGUGGGUGAUGUCCUCAAUUCAGUCAGGCUGGGAGGUGAAGGAGGAGGUCCAUGCCUGAGAUAUUACGACAAGGUUAUGAACGUGGUGGUGUUCAAAGACAGCACAGCUGGAAUGGUUUUUGAGCACAGUGUGUUGGAUGGAAUGGUCGCUGUGCUUAUUACAGGGCAGGUGUACAAUCUGUCCGAAACUGCUGACCUCAAACUUGACCAGCCUGAAGCUGAAAACAUGAACGGCUCUGUCGCAUUAAACAACGUUAAUUCUGUCUGUCCAACUUCUCUAGCAUUUCCGUUGCAAGGCAUUAAUGUUCCAAAACCGAAGGCUAAUUUAAAAGCAACCCCUCCAGUUCUCAUAUUUGAGUUGUCGUCCUAUCCAGAUGUUUUUUCUGCCAUCAGAGCACACAGAGGUUUGUACGACGCCUGGAUCAACUUUGCUUUGCAACUUUCCCUUCGGCAAAUUCUCGGGGAAUCGGCUGCCAGACACAUGCUCGUCACACCUACUCAUAUGCGCCACUACAAGCAUGGUCGAUGUGACCCCACAUACUCAAUUACCAUGAAUUCUCAAAGGUUGGUGGGAGCCUUGGCAUCUGGCAUAGGCCCAGAUCAAACUAUGAAAUACACAACUGAUAUUCUGCGCUUGUUCCACGAAGCAUUUCUGGAGCAUAAGAGUCUGAUCAAAAGCACGAAGAGUGGCCAAGGUGUUGGUCCUCAUCUGGCUGCCCUGCGUCACAUUUUACCAUCUGAUAAUCCGCUGAAGAAAUUUCUGGCGCCCUUCGGGUGUCCAUCAGUUUACCUGACAGGUUCAGAUCUGAUGGAGGGAAUCGAGUGUGGAGUCGGCAAUCUUUACGCCAAAGACCAACUUGCUGUGGCCUAUUUGGGAAGAAGAGACAAGGUUCAGAUUGUGCUGAAUGGGAAAGGGAGCUUUGGUCUAGUACUGAAGAAGCUUCAGGAACAUAUGGAGAUAAAUAUGAAGCUUGUGAUGCUCCUUGCUGUGAGAUAUGCCAUUGCAAAUCAGAUGGGAGGUCUGGAGUGUCUCUUACAGGACGGUGAAACAAAGAGAGUGAAUGGUGAGACACAUCUGUGUCCAGAGAGGCCUAAGAUAGAAAAAUACACCGGUGAUUCCAACUCAGGCAUGAGCCAAGACUAUACUAUAGUCAUUCAUGGUGGGGCUGGAGAAUAUAUGAUGUUAAACAGCAGUGUCAUUGGUGUUCUUGAGUUCUCUCUACAGACAGCCUUAACCUUAGGAUCCCAAAUCCUUUCGCGAGGCGGCAGGAGCUUGGAUGCAGUUCAAAGGUCAGUUGAAGCUCUAGAGGACUGCUUCCUGUUCAAUGCAGGCAAAGGCUCAGUGUUCAACAAAGACGGCAAAAAUGAAAUGGAGGCAACAAUUGUAGAUGGCACUGCUGGUCGAUCAGGGUCUGUAGCGUGCGUGCAAGGAGUGAAAAACCCAAUCAGAGCAGCCAGAUGUGUCAUGGAGAAAAGCUCACAUUCACUCAUUGUAGGAGAUGGAGCUGAAGAGUUUCUACAAGAGUGUGAAGAAAAGCAUAAACCAGUGGGUGCUGACUACUUCUACACUGAUAUACGUCACAGAGAGUUAACUGCCAGACUCAGUGGUGCAAAUGCCUCGAAAAACAACCACCCACAGACAGUCGGAGCUGUGGCCUUGGAUCAGUGGCAAGGGUUGGCUGCUGCAACGUCCACUGGUGGAUUGGUUGGUAAGCUUAAAGGACGAGUGGGAGAUACAGCAGUAGUUGGUGCAGGAAUAUAUGCUGAUGACAAGUUGGCCAUCACCUGCUCUGGAGAUGGAGAUGUUUUCCUGAGGCAUACUGUUGCCCAGAAAAUAGCCAGUCUGUACCACCAUAAAGGCUAUAGUCUAAGGCGGGCAUGUAGGGAGGUGAUAGCUGAAAAUCUGGAUGGGCUCUGUGCUGGUAUCAUUGCUGUUGACUCCAAAGGUGAUGCGGUCAUUGAAACAAAUGCUGGAGUUAUGUUUGUGGCCUCAGUGAUAGGAGGUGUUCCACACAUCGAGGUCCUCAGACCCCUGAAAGACUUCACCAAUGUGAUCUGGGAAACCGAUGAGCUUGUUGCCUACCUGAAUCCUGACCCCUGGACUCCUGGGUCCACCAUUCUGACAAGGAAAGCACUUAGUGGGCCAAGCAGCAUCUUUCACAUGCCAAAACCUGAUUUUGUAGCUAUGCUACAAGGAGCUAAAACGGUGUCAAACUUACUUUGUGAGCGUUUGGGUGUCCGACGAUGUGCCUUGGUUUUCAAUCCCUCCUCUGAUCAUCCUGCACAAAUCAGACUGCUCCCUCUUCAUGGCCUAGAGGCAAAGUGGCAGCCACAUCUCGCUGGUGAUGAAGAAUUCCAUGCUUACGAUCCUGGCUUUUGUAACUCAAAAAGUGGCCUCCAGUGGGAUGAACAAGCACUGACUGAGGUUCAAGCCAAGAUAAGAAACAAACUGCCCACACCAAAUGCACCUCCCAGCUUUGAGUUUUUCGGAGACCCAAGCAGCGAUAACCUGUUCAGCCGUAUUGUUCGUGGUGAACAGAAACAGUGGAGGGUCUGGGAAGACAGUGAACACGUAGCCUUCCUUACACCAUUUCCAAACACUCCUGGAUUUACUGUUGUAGUUCCACGUAGACCUCUGCCCAGUAACCUCUUCAAACUGGACAAUGCUGACUACGAAGCAAUGAUUUUCGCAAUUCAUAAAGUUGCCCGAUUGCUGGAAGAGGGAAUGAGAGCUAAAGGUGUGGCACUGAUCUUUGAGGGGUUUGAGAUUGACUACGCACAUGCCAAGUUGAUUCCUCUGGUUCCAGCACCUCAGGGCAACAAGCCGACUGAGCUGCAGCCAGAAUUCUUUGAGAGCUACCCUGGAUAUGUGUCAUCAUUAAAUGGCCCAGCUGCUGAUCAAGAUUCCCUCCAAACAAUCCACUCAAAAAUCACCAAAUGUAGGCCUUCCCAUUCAUGGAAUAAUCCUCACUCCCACUCCACACUGGCUAUCCAGAGUCAAUGGUAUCGCAACCUAUUCCAAAUUCAAAACACUCUUUUCCACAGCACUGUGGAAUAUUUCCACAGUGUCUGUCAGUACGCCUACGCUCUGACCCCUCUGACCACUGACACAAUCUCUUCACCAAUGGGCCUCGGAUCUGACUCAGAACCAGUUUCCAUUAACCUGAUGGGCCAGGACAUCUACCUGGCUGACUCAAUGCAAUUUGUUCUGGAGUACUUCCUUCGUUUCCAAGACAAUCUGCCUGGGACCUAUUAUAUAUCUCCCAGCUUUAGAGGGGAGGAUCCAGAUGCCACACACUUAAACCAGUUCUAUCAUGUGGAAUGUGAACUAAUAGGUGACAUGGACAAAGCCAUCGCAACAACAGAGGGGUAUCUGAUUCAUCUUACCAAGUCCAUGUUAAAGAAUCACUCACAUGUCAUCAUUAACAGUGCCGGAACCCUGACACAUGUCACAGACAUACUGAAGAAGCUCAAUCAAAAACAUGGACUACCACGGGUGCCCCUUGACCAGGCCAUUCCCAUGAUGCCUUCUGUUGAUUGUGUCGAGUGGGUCCAAGACGGGCAGCCCCAGUUUGGCAGAAAGCUAACACGAAAAGGGGAGCGUGUUCUGAUAGAGAAAUAUGGUGGUGCUGUUUGGCUGACUGAGAUGGAUCAUCUUGGUGUCCCCUUCUACCAGGCAUAUGUGGACGGCACAGGCCAGUGCAAAGCUAAAGCAGCUGACCUUCUGUUAGGACUGGGCGAGACUGUCGGUCUGGGUGAACGCCAUUCCACCCCUGAAAUGGUACAGGAAGCUCUGAGGCACCACACAGUGCCCGAGAAGUCCUACAAAUGGUACAUUAACAUGAGGCAAGUGAAACCUCUCCUCACCAGUGGAUGGGGAAUGGGAACAGAGCGUUACCUGUGUUGGCUUCUCCAGCAUGAUGACAUAAGAGAUAUUCCUAUCAUACCCAGGAUGAAAGGAAUGAAAUUUAUGCCUUGACUGUUGUUUCUUUCAGGUCAUUACUGUAGAUGUAAUAUACUGUUUUACUGAAAGUUCAAACUUUUACGUAAUCUUUGUUAAGGUUUGUUUUUAAUAAAACAAAUUAAUCAUUACAUGUGACUUUAUCUAAUACCACAAUAAAAACAAAAUUAUUUAUAAUCGUACCAGACCUAAGGAUCCUGAAAAAGGAAAUAUUGGAAAUAUAAAACUAUGAUUUGUGUGAGUGCAUGGUGAAUGUGGUAUAAUCACGGAAAAGUUUUCUGAUUAAUAAAAUAUUAGGUUGGAAAAAAAGUUAUACACAGAAUAUUUGAUGUUUGCAAUUUUCUUAUGUUAAAUGAAUGCCUUUUUUCUUGUUGGUAAAUGUGUGUAUUCCAUAUUGUGAGUGAAAACAAAAUGCCUAAAUUUUAAACAUUGAUGAUGUACAUGCAAAACUCUUGUAAGAAGUAAGAAAUGAAAUACUUGCUCAAACAAUUUUCAUGUUGAAUCAUUCAUU